AUGACUUUAGCCGUUUCCGUAUCGCUUCUGAGUGGGCAGAGCGCAUCAGUGAAACUGGAGAAGCACUGCUCCGUGGAUGAGCUACGGAAGGCGGCCGAGGCGAAGCUGGGAACCCACUUAGGGGUUCUCGUAGCCCAAGGAGAGUCGCGUGUUUUGAACAGCUCGAGCACACUGCAAUCGCAGGGUCUUACAAGCGGAGACGUGGUUUGUGCUUUGGCGCGAAAACCCACUGUCAACAUCUUCUCAAGCCGGCAGGCUCAUUGCUUCGCGGCAGUUCGCGAGGAUGGCACUGUUGUGACCUGGGGCGAAGAGGAGAGCGGUGGUGACAGCAGCGAUGUUCAAGACCAGCUAGUAAAUGUCAGAGAGGUGCAUACGUCAGUCCGAGCUUGCGCAGCUAUUCGCAAAGAUGGCCGUGUGGUCACCUGGGGCUGUGAAGACUCUGGAGGCGACAGCAGCGAGGUUGAGAACGAAUUAUGGAAUGUACAGAAAAUGGCAAGCACCGCUGCGGCUUUCGCUGCCUGCAGGGAAGAUGGAUCCGUUGUUGCCUGGGGCGAUGUCGACUGGGGUGGUGAUUGCUCGUGUGUCCAAGAUCAGCUACACAACGUUGUACAGCUUUGUGGCUCUGGAGCAGCAUUUGCUGCCAUGACAGCUGAAGGCGGAGUUAUCACUUGGGGUUCUGUUGGACAUGGUGGUGACAGUAGUGAAGUUGCCGACAAGCUAACAGAGGUCGUUCAGAUCCAAGCGACUUCAUCGGCCUUUGCUGCCAUUCGGAGUGAUGGCACUGUCGUUGUGUGGGGAGAUCCGGAUCUUGGGGCGAAUGCGAGCCUUGCAGAGGGCUUGAAAUUUGUACAUCACAUUGAAGCCACGGUUGGGGCCUUUGCUGCAAUCCAUGAUGAUGGACAAGUUACAGCAUGGGGUUUCAAGGAGCUCGGAGGUGAUGCGGCUCCCGUGCAGGAUCAGCUCGUGGAGGUUCGGAGCAUUCGCGCAAGUGGAGGUGCAUUUGCAGCCACCACGGCGGAUGGGACUGUUGUCGCUUGGGGUGACCCAGACUAUGGAGGCAACAGCAGUUCUGUUCAAAGCAAAUUGGUCGACGUCAUUGAGGUGGCGGCCACGGAAAGUGCCUUCGCUGCCAUCAAGGUUGAUGGAAGUGUUGUCACCUGGGGACACCGAGAAUUUGGUGGAGACUGCUCACGCGUCCAGGAAAAGCUGGUUAUGGUGCAGCAGGUGGUGCCCUCUGCCGGUGCAUUUGCAGCCCUGACUGCCUUCGACGUGCUGGUUACGUGGGGCCACGAAGAUUGCGGAAAUGACAGCCAAGAGAUCUCCAAGCUUCUGCUCCGGUCGUCUUGA